AUGUCGGCAUCAUCUUUACUUUUAUUUCGUCAUGCCAUUAAAUUUCAUUCCAUUCGUCAAUUUCAUAUAACAUCACGUGUAUUCCAACAACGUUAUUAUACAAAAAAACAUGAAUGGGUACAAAUGAUUGAUAAUAAAAAUGAAGUUCGAAUUGGUAUAAGUGAUUUUGCACAAAAUGCUCUUGGUGAUGUUGUUUAUUGUGAAUUACCAUCUGUUGGUACAAAAUUAAAUCGUGAUGAAACAUUUGCAACAUUAGAAUCUGUUAAAGCUGUUGCUGAUUGUUUUAUGCCUCUUGAUGGUAAAAUAUCAAAGGUCAAUGAGAACUUAAAAACUCAAGCUGAUUUAAUUAAUAAAAGUCCAUAUAAGGAUGGUUGGAUUGUACAAGCAAUAAUUGAAGAAAAAAAUAAAAAUAAUAUGGAAAAUAUAUUAAUGAAUGAGGAAAAAUAUAAAGAAUAUUUAGAAAAAAAUAAAAAUGCUGCUGAUCAUUGA